AUGUCUGGGGAUGUGGUGUACAGCGAUGUGAAGUUUGCAAAGAAGGCAUCCAAAAAUCACAAGCUCAGUACUUCAGAGGACGAGGACAUAACCUACUCUCAGGUCAAGAAGAAGAAAUCUAGCACAGAAGACGCCGAUGCAAUCUACUCGCAAGUCAGGAAGAAUAAAUCCACAGGAGCUCGUUCCCCACAGGACGAUGAUGUUACCUAUUGCAAAGUCAACGUAGCACCAGCGCCUCAGGAAGCAGGCCCCCAGCCCAAAAAGGUUUCACCUGAAACUUCAAAUGGGAAAAAACUACGAGUUAUUGUGGGAAUCGUUCUUGUCCUUCUCGUGCUCACAGUCAUCGCAGGAGCCAUCAGUGUCUGGCUUUACAUGAGAGCACAGACAGAUGCACUGACAGGAGCCACAGUCUCCACCCCAAUGACAACUACUACUCACGGUACAGCCACCACUGCUUCCCCCAGCACAGCACCGUGCAAGUUGGUUUGUGACACCGACUGGGAGCUACAGGAAAAGAGGUGCUUCCAUUUCUCCACAAAUAAAUUAACAUGGGAACAGAGUCGUGAAGAUUGCAAAUCCAAGAGUGGUCGCCUGGUGAAGAUAUUUGGAAAAAAAAAACAGAAGUUUCUAUUUGGUAAAGUAAGAAGUUUAAUGGAGGAUGGUGAAGAUAAGUUCUGGAUCGGACUGACAGACUCAGCAGAAGAGGGACAGUGGAGGUGGACCGACGGCUCUUUGCUGAACUCAAGGUGA